AAGAACUCACUAGAGCCAAAGACUAUGGUCCGAUUUUAACCGAGGAGUAGUUUUAAGUUUUCUUCAUAAAGAACAAACCUUUUUCUGUUCUAAAACAAAACAAUUUGAGUAUCCUCAUUGAACGGUAGAGUACGGUUUUUGCCAUUUGCAUUCUUGUCCACAUAAUCUAACCUACCAGUCUACUACCACCAUUGGCAAGCUUUAAACUUUUUUAUGCACCAAAUAAAAGGCGAUAACUUGUAUAGAGUGAGAGAGAUAGAGAGAUGUGGAAGAGCAUAGGAGAAUUGAGUUGCGAUGAUUAUGUCAAAGCUGGAUUGACUUUGGAAGACGCCAAGGAAUUUGAGAAAUUGGUGAGUGAUGUGAUUUCAAAGGCUACAGAGACUGAUCCAAGAGAUCAAUGGAAGGCUUUGGUGGAUGAGAGUGUGCUCAAGCCAUGUCAUCCUCAUUCUCUGCAUCAGCUUCUCUAUUACUCUGUCUACUCGAACUGGGACUCCUCUGUUCAUGGCCCUCCUCUCUAUUGGUUUCCUUCUCCAUCUCAGUCAAAAUCCACAAAUUUGGGGAAGCUGAUGGAAACCCACGGGUCAAGGCUUCUAGGUGCUUCAUAUAAAAACCCUCUUGAAAGUUUUGAACUUUUGCGGAGAUUCUCAGUUGAACACCCUCAAGUUUAUUGGUCACUUGUUCUCGAUGAGCUUUCACUUGUGUAUCACACUCCUCCGAGGUGUAUCCUUGACAAAUCAAAACCUGAAGGGACAUGGCUUCCUGAUGCAGUUCUAAAUAUCGCUGAAUGUUGUCUGAUGCCUUCAAGCCAUCCCAAAAAGGAUGAUAGUAGUGUGGCUGUUGUAUGGCGUGAUGAAGGCUUUGAUGAUUCCCCAGUCAAUCGUAUGACAAUUAUAGAACUCCGCGAGCAAGUAAUGUUGGUGGCAAAUGCUGUAAGUGGAAGUUUUGCAAAGGGUGACACAAUUGCAAUCGAUAUGCCAAUGAAAGUCGAAGCAGUGAUUAUAUAUCUCGCAAUCAUAUUAGCUGGUUGCACUGUUGUCUCCAUCGCAGACAGCUUUGCAGCUAAAGAAAUUGCAACAAGGUUGAAAAUUUCCAAGGCAAAAGGCAUAUUCACUCAGGAUUAUAUACUCAGAGGAGGUCGAAGAUUUCCUUUAUACAGCCGGGUGGUUGAAGCUGCACCAUCUAAGAUCAUUGUCCUGCCCUCUUCAGGGACUGAAUUGUGCGUUCAGUUAAGGGAACAGGACAUACCAUGGAUGGAUUUUCUUUCCGAUGCCAAAACCCAUCUCAGUGGAGAUAACUACUAUCGUCCGAUUUAUCUACCUGUAGACUCUGUGAUUAACAUUCUCUUCUCAUCUGGAACAACAGGUGAACCGAAAGCUAUACCGUGGACACAGCUCUCGCCAAUUCGUAGUGCUUGUGAUGGAUGGGCUCAUGCUGAUGUCAAAGUUGGUAAUAUAUAUUGUUGGCCUACAAAUCUUGGAUGGGUUAUGGGACCAACUCUUAUAUUCUCCUGCUUUUUAACCGGUGCAACUCUCGCUCUCUACAACGGGUCUCCCCUUGGCCGCGGUUUUGGAAAGUUUGUUCAGGAUUCUGGAGUUACAGUUCUUGGCACUGUUCCGAGCUUGGUCAAAACUUGGAAGAGGAUCAACUGUAUGGAAGGGCUUAAUUGGACAAAGAUAAAAUAUUUCGCCACCACAGGAGAGGCUUCCAAUGUUGAUGAUGUUCUCUGGCUCUCUUCUAAAUCUUAUUACAAACCUGUGAUUGAAUGCUGUGGAGGCACGGAACUGGCUUCUUCAUAUCUCAUAGGAAGCCCGCUUCAGCCGCAAGCUUUUGGAGCGUUUAGUACACCAUCCAUGACAACUAGAAUUAUCAUCUUCGACGAAAAUGGGGUCCCAUAUCCGGAUGAUCAACCGUGUACUGGAGAAGUUGGUUUGUUCCCGCAGCACCUCGGGGCCUCGGAUAGACUUCUGAACGCAGACCACAACGAGGUUUAUUUCAAGGGAAUGCCAAUGUAUAAAGAAACACGGCUUAGAAGACACGGUGACAUCGUCAAGCGAACGGUAGGAGGAUAUUACAAUGUUCAAGGCAGAGCUGAUGAUACCAUGAACCUUGGAGGCAUUAAGACAAGUUCUAUUGAGAUCGAACGAGUGUGUGAUCAAGCUGAUGAGUGCAUCUCUGAGACGGCUGCAGUCAGCUUAACUCCGCCAAACGGUGGUCCAGAGUUGCUGGUCAUAUUUGCCGUCUUGAAAGAAGGGUUCAAGAAACAGAGUGAAGAAGAGCUAAAGAUGAAAUUUUCAAGAGCCAUUCAGAAAGAUCUUAAUCCUCUCUUCAAGGUGAGUUUCGUGAAGAUUGUGGCCGAGUUUCCAAGAACAGCUUCUAACAAGUUGCUGAGAAGAGUCUUGAGAGAUCAGAUGAAGCAAGAACUACUAUCAUCACUACGGAGUCGAAUAUAAAGCCCCCCUUGAUCUUAAGUUAAAUUAGAAUGAAAUCAAUUAGUAAAUAAAAAUCUGUUGAGAAGUAGUUGAUCUACAAUCUACAUGACCGAGUUAUAAAGUAAAGACUUGAUUAAAUCAAAUCAACCUGUCAAUUCAGUUGAAUUCUCUAACCAUAUUCACGUUUAUGAUUCAACAGUACUUUGUUA